CAUGUAAAGCGGCCGGCCAGACACAGUGCGUUGCGACAUAAUAUUCCUGAAUCUGCACGUCGACUGUCCAAUUCACAAGCAGUCGGGCGAAAAAAGCAACACCAUGGCACCUGCUACGACGGAUAAUUUGUUAGUCGAACCCGACACGGGAUUUUGGGGACCGAGAACAUCCACCCUUGAUUGGUGUGAGCGAAAUUAUGCCACAACAACCUAUAUUGCAGAGUUCUGGAACACAAUAAGUAACAUCGUUUUUAUCAUUCCUCCGUUGUUUGGUAUUGCCUUUGCCUGGAGAGACCGUGUUGACCACAGAUUCAUCUUCUCCUACGUUGGAGUCAUUCUCAUUGGUUUAGGAUCAUCCAGUUUCCAUCUGACUCUUCACAUCUUUUCACAGAUGCUGGAUGAAAUGUCAAUGCUGUGGGCGACAUCUUUCUUUCUUUACUGCUUGAUGGAAACUCACUCGAAGCCAAGAAGCAACAAUGGCAGCCUUAUUCAGAUCCUUUACAUUUAUAACGCCUUUGCUAGUCUCUCCUACAUCAUAAUGCAAGAGCCCUUAUUUUUUCAGGUUGCCUUUGGUACACUAACUGUUAUCAUGAUGGUCCGUGGUUGCUAUGUUGCAAUGAGUCAAGAUUGCUGUCGUUACCUUGUAUGGUACCCUAUGAUCUUGUACUUCACUGCAUUUGUGCUGUGGAAUAUUGACAACCUCUACUGUGAGCACGUGCAACGACUCCGAGAUUCUCUACCGUCUCCGCUGUCAGUUUUGACUCAGCUCCACGCUUGGUGGCAUGUAUUUGUCGGUAUAGCAUGUCACGCACAGAUACAAUUCAGUUGCCACUCGCGAAGCAUAUUCUUGAAGAGACACUGCACCAUUUGGACUUGGUGCGGGUUUCUUCCUUUUCUUGAAAUCCACGACGACAAGCAGCCAAGUACUACCAACAUCUCUACACAACUAGCAAACCAAUCAGGCAAAGAAACAAAGUGCCGCCUGACAAAAGAAUUGUGACAACAGGUGGCGCCCUGCAUAGCAGCCGUUGAAAAAAAAGUUGCAAUUCUGUGCAUUGUUCUUAUUUUUCAUCAUGUUAUUGUAAGUUACUUUCACCAGCAAACGACCAUGCAUGUUAACAGAGUUUCAGUUUAAUAACUAAAUAUUAAAGAUUGCGUUCAGUCUUAUUAUCGAUGGAUUCUGCCCAAUAGUAUGUACGACAGAGAAGAAAAAUUACAACCAAAGAUGGGUAUGCUAUUUACCAUAGUUUGUGCACAUUAUUUGACGCAGAUUUUACUUAACAUUACAACUGAUUUUAUAUUAUGGUUUCCUCGUUAAUUUGAACCUGAAUAUUAAAAAGAAGGUAUGAAAGUGUAAAUGAGAUGUUCGAAAAGAGUACGUGAAUAAUUCAAACUGGAAGGGGCCUGGCGAUGAAAAUGGAUCGAGCUGAAAGCUCACAUAAAUAAACUGCACUCGUUCUUUUACAGUG